AUGUCCCCUGGAAACGGUCCAUGGAACUGCCCUCUCCCCUCCAUCUGCAGAGAGCCCUGCAGCAGAGAGCUGGAGAAGGUUCAAAAGAAAGGAGACUCUGACCUGACCACGGUGGAGAGGAGAUACAGUACUAAACACAGUGAUUUUCCGGAAUCUAAGGGAUGCUUUGCUAACACGACAUCCUCUGGCAGAAAGGUCAGCCCGUCAUCUUCUGUUGAAACAUGUCUUAGUGUGAGUGAGCCUCCAGGCCUCUGCAAAGUGUCUGUUCACCUAGACCUGGCUGCAGAUUUGGGUCUGAAAUCCUCCUCCGCACAUUCUGAUCACUCCUCUGAAACCUCAUUGCCUGACGUCCCAAAGCAUAAAUAUCCUGAGGAGUUCAGCCUGCUUAAAUUGAAGACAAAAGAUGGGCAGCGUCCCGAAUGGACAUUUUACCCAAGAUUUAUUAGCAAUAUCCACACCUACCAUGUUGGAAAGCAGUGUUUCUUUAACGGGGUCUUCCUCGGCAACAGGAGGUCUCUGUCAGAGAGAAUGGUGGACAAGUGCUUUGGGAGGAAGAAAUACGAUAUUGAUCCUAGGAAUGGAAUACCAAAGUUAACUCCAGGAGAUAAUCCAUAUAUGUACCCAGAACAGAGUAAAGACUUCCACAAAGCAGGAUCAACUCUCCCACCAGUGAAUUUCUCCAUAGUGCCUUAUGAAAAGAAAUACGAUACCUUUAUUCCACUUGAGCCUCUUCCACAAAUUCCUACCUUGCCUUUCUGGGUGAAGGAGAAGGCCAACAGGCUGCAGAAUGAGAUAAGAGAGGUUGAGGAGCUUGACAAUUGGCAACCAGCAUCCCCCUUGAUGCACGGUUUACUCCUUCCUGGUUCUUUGGAUUCUGCAAGACAAUCCUGAACAGAAACAGGCCCAUAGAGCAUGUACUGACUGUAGUCUGGAGAGCCUCUUUCAAUUGAUUGCUUCUGUCAGUGUGACUGCUCUAAAUCAAAUGUUUGA